CUUCUGGACUCUUCCUCUGACCGCUCUCGAUUUCUCCUUCGUCUCCCAUUAUAUAUUGAUCCCCGCACUUUCUCACUACCAAGCAAUUAACUACAGCUCCUGUGUUAUCUUCCUGCGCACGAAUUUUCUCGCAAUUUCUCUUGUUUUUUCAUCAAUUUUUUAAAGGAAGUAACUCCUUUUAUAGAGUUGUCGAGCUAAUUGAUAAUUUGAGAAGAUGAGCCGAAUAGCAGACUCGAAUUUGUUUGAUGCAAUGAGCCAUUUGUUCAAUAUCCCUGAGAGCAUCGAGAAGUUCAUGAUCCAUUCGCGUUCAAAUGACACGAACGAGAACAAGGGUGUGGGUAACAUUCCUACGGACAUCUUGGACAGCCCUAAAGAGUACAUUUUCUACAUGGAUGCGCCUGGAUUGUGCAAGUCUGAUAUUCAGGUGACUGUUGAAGAUGAGAACACGCUGGUGAUUAAAAGUGGAGGGAAGAGGAAACGCGAAGAGGGUGAGGAGGAAGGCUGCAAGUACAUAAGGCUUGAGAGGAGGGCACCUCAGAAGCUGAUGAGGAAGUUCCGGUUACCUGAAAAUGCCAAUGUGUCUGCCAUUACUGCUAAAUGCGAAAAUGGGGUUCUAACAGUUGUUGUUGAGAAGCAUCCUCCACCACCCAAGGCCAAAAAAGUUGAGGUUACUGUCUCUUGAAGAGGGAGACUGAGGGCUCUACCUGUGCAUUUCUUGUUGGGUUUAGGAUUUUAUGGCUAACUGGAGUUUCGUGUAUCUGAAGGGACCAAAUUUGUUUGGCAACGUAGAUUGUGGAUGAUGGUGGUUGGAAUGAAAUGUAGCUCUAUUCUGUGCAUUUGCAUUUUUAUUCUUGUUUCCUAUGAGAAUUCAACAUAUUAAACUUAUACUGAAUUGGAUUUAAAGUAAUUAAAAGUUCAAAUAAAAUUAGAAUUUCAUCUAA